CAAAGAGCGAGUGGUGGAGAUAGGCAAAAGACAACAGAAUCAGAGAAAGAGGAGGAACAACAAGGCGAAAGAGGAGGGUAGAGGGUGUCAACAACAGACCAAGGGAAACACACAGAAACAGGGAGCCCUUGGACCCCUCGCCUUCAAAUACCAGCCAUCAAUCAUCGCGGGCGCCAUCAGAGAGUCCAUCGGCAAGAAUGCGACGAGACACCAUGUCUGUUCUUGCAGCCACACCAGUGCUCCAGCUCCGGCUCCAGGUCCAACAACUUGGGUCCCGUCGAGAGUGACUUCUGCCCCUCCUCCUGCGAUUUCCAAACUAACAUCUCCAUCCACGGCAUUCCUCCAUCCAUCAUCCAUCUAUCAAUCAAUCGGUCGCACGCACGUCACCUACCCUCCCUCCUUCUGUUUCUUUCUCAUCACUCGUUCAACAUCCAAGAACUUUGCGCUGUGUCGAACACAUCGCGCCCUCUUGCGACCUGACACACCUGUUCCCUCGCAAUCCUCUCUCGACUCCAUCAACGCAGCUCCCUGAAUCGAGGCGCCCCCAGCCGAGAAAACCGCUUUAGGAAUGACGAUCGCACCGCCAAUUCCACACCGCAAUCACUGAUUCCCUUUCCAGCAUCCGAACACCGUUUCCAGUUUCGUUCUCAACAGAUCGGGCACCGGCCUUGCUGCAGGUUAGCGACGACGUCCUGCAUCCGCGAGCGAGAUUUUGCGUAAAAUCGGAGCAGCGUCGCCUUUUAUUAUUGCUUGUCUGAGUGAGCCGCCAGAUCGUCCGGAGUCCUGGGGGGCUGGGCCCGACGCACGACUGUACCACUGGCUGUGACACCGCAACCAUCUGACCGGAUAUCCUUCAGCGGACUCGGACGGAAUCGUUCUACUACUAGAGAGGAGUUCUCGUCCAACGCCAGCCAUGCCGGCGAUGGCUACCGCACUUCCCUCGGACGAAUUUGAUAUGGCCAAGCUGCAAAAGACGCUGAAGCAACGACAGCGUCAUGCAGCCCGAAACAGUGCCAAUGUCACCAAGCUGACCCCCGCCGAAAUUCGAUCGCUUAAUAAUGGUGCCCUAGCCUCGAAGACGGGUAGUCAAUCGAGUUCGAAAACGACAUCAACUCAAUCCCGAUCAAGGCGUUCAACCAAUGCAACGCCUCCAGCAACUCCUGAUGAGCUUCCCGCCUAUGGAGCACAGACGCACAGGAACUCGGUCUCGAGGAACAACAGCGUCAACAUCCCGACCCCUCCUCAUACGCCCAAUGCUCAAAGAAGAUCGUCUCAAUCCAGCACUCAUGGUCACCAUUACGGUCACCAUGUCGUUCACGGCCACGCAAACGGCAUUAUCCAUGCCCCUCGACCUCGCGGAUCUGCACAAGCUGCAUUCAUGUCUGCGAAUGGCUUGUCUUCCCGUCCGUCAAGCUCUGGGUCUUCAACAUACCGGGGCCUUCCCAAAUACCGAGGACCAGAAGUUACACGUACAGGGUCCUUGACCAUGCUACAGUACCCGUCGCAGAAGAUUGUUUCUAAUCCGCUUUCCUACUUCUCGAGACCGCGGCAGAGCCAGGUCAGCACGUCACCAGAGCAAGGGAGGCAUGAAUCGCCGGAAAUCAGCAUUUACCGCGCUCAAAGUUUACGAAACGCACGCUCCAACUCUGUGCCGAAUGUCAGCGCUCCGUCAUCAAGACCCGUGAGUCCGCCCAGAGUGACUGACUCACCCGUCUCGAUGAUUGUGGAUGGUACGGAGAAGUUCCCGGUCCUGGAUCCCGCGGAUGAUCCGCACAAUCAACCCAAGGUUCUACUUGAUGAGGAAGUCGCUCCAAACGAAACGAACCCGGAAAAUGUUGACACUCAGCCGAAGCAAGCGUCAGAGUCGCCCGUCGAACCAGGAAAGCAAAUUGCCCAGCCCGAAUCGCCCAAGAAGGAAAAAGAGAAGCAGAAGCGCUUCACGCUCCAUGCGGCACUCUUUGGCGGCGAUAAGACCAACCAUGAGAGUGCAGAGAAUGUAGGCAAACUCAAAAAGGGGAGAAGGCGGACUCUAUCUUUCAGCAAAAACUAUGAGGCAGAAAAACCAGAGAACAAGACGGUGACGGCGGUCGAGGCAAUCGACGAAGUCAAAGUAGACGGCGCGACGAUUGAGACGGAAGAGUUUUCGACCCAUCCGGCUAUUCGACCACUCUCCGUCAUUAUUCCAAGCGAAUUCAAAGGGAAAGAAAAAGAAAUCGUCUGCCCCCCCGUCUAUGCCCGAUGCGCCUGUUGUGGGAAGUUGAAACGGCCUUCAGGGUACUCGGGGGAACUCAGUCCGGUGCUGGAAAACGAGAAUCUAAGAGCCAACUUCAGCUUCGAGAUUGAACGAACAUCGGGCACUUCGGAGAGGCGAAGUUCUGACGCGAGUCGCCAUAAGUUUAUACCCAUUAUCCCAAUGGAAGUUGGCGAGAACGAAACGCGCCAGGCGACAAUUGAACCAUAUUCGGGCCCUCCGAAGGACCCAGUCGAGCAUGAGCAAACGCCCCAGACGGAUAUGAAUAUCGCUGCUUCGAGUCCGGUCAGACAGCCUAUCGCACAGAUGAGUUCGAGUCCACGAAGAAUGAAGAGACAUUCUACACCAGCUCGAUUUACUAGGUUCGCAAGCUUGCAUGGACGACGAAGUGUGGAUUCAACCGUGAUCGCUGAAGAAGACGAGGAGGCCGAAGCGGAAGGGGAAGCGGACGAGAAUCAACCUCUCAUGAGCGAGCAUGCGGCCCCUGAGAUAAGUGGUGUGGUAAAUCAAAUUGUCGCCGCCGCUGCCGGUGCAGAUGAGCAUGUGAUCGCGAACAGUCAACCCGUGAUUGAGCCGAUAUCAUCAGCAGACAGAGCGUUCGUCGAACCAGUACCCAUGAUGGCAACUCAUGACUCUCAGCUUAUGACCAGCGAGAUUAUAGAGAGCAUUCCCCUCCUACGGCCGAGUUCAAGAUCGGGUUCAGAGAAGUUCUCCACGCCGGCCCGGGGCACUACGCCCGUGCCUGAGAACGCCAAUUUCAGUCCCGAUGCCACCUCAAUCCAGCCUACCGAUUCGACUGAGGCUCAAUUCGUGGUGCACGAUAAGGUGGAGGACAGUUCCAGUUCUGUCGCUGUGGACGAACCCCGUCUCUCCACCACCACUGCAACUACGACAACAACCAUUACUUCGUCGUCAGAAGUUGGAAGUCCCGCAUCACCAAAAUUCGAGUCGGAAUUUUCCGCCUCGUUCUUUGAUACACCCGAUCUAUCUCUUACUCCCAAAUUCGAGCCUGGCACAACACCAGCGGGAAGGGACGCGACAUCAGAGAAGGGAAAGGACAAGGUCACGGGAAAGAGGAAGUCGACGGCAACCGAAUGGGUGGCCGAAGUUAUGACUGUAAAUGCUUGAAUGCGGGCAGCAGUCGAUCUUGGGAUGGAGAAAGGCUAGAAGAUUUUCUUUUAUCGAUAAGUGGAACAGGAAUUCAUGAGGACGUAUAUCAUAUAUAUAUCAUAAAUCACAUAGGAGCGACUUAACGUGGCACAGACGAUUGCAGGAUUGGCGAUAUAGCGAUUUGAAGGCAAUUCACGUAUGUGAGGAUAGAUUGUAGUAUCAUGCCUUAAGUCAGGCUGUGACGACGAUGUGAUUUGCAUUCAGACGGCUGAGCGAUACGUUCGUUUAUCUGGGGCUUCGAGGCUGUGUACAGUAUAUGUCGGUAUGUAUUCGAGCACUCAGCCGGUCUUCCUGGCUCGCUGGCUCAAUUGCUACAUCAGGACGAAAACCCCUCUCGGCUACCG